UUCUUUUCUCCCUCCCUCCCUCCCUCCCGCCCUCCACCAUGUCCGGCACUCUGCUCAACGCGCUGCGCAGCGACUCCUACGUGGAGCUGAGCCAGUACCGGGACCAGCACUUCCGGGGCAAUAAACAAGAUCAGGAAAAACUGCUCUUGAAGAGCUGCACCUUGUACGUUGGCAAUCUUUCCUUUUAUACAACUGAAGAGCAAAUCUAUGAACUAUUUGGCAAAAGUGGAGACAUCAAGAAGAUCAUCAUGGGCCUGGACAAAGUGAAAAAAACCGCCUGCGGCUUCUGUUUUGUUGAAUAUUAUUGCAGAGGAGAUGCCGAGAACGCCAUGCGCUACAUCAACGGGACCCGCCUGGACGACCGCAUCAUCCGCACGGAUUGGGACGCCGGCUUCAAAGAGGGCAGGCAGUAUGGGCGGGGCCGGUCCGGCGGCCAGGUACGAGAUGAAUAUCGGCAAGAUUACGACGCCGGAAGAGGAGGCUACGGCAAAAUUGUCCAGAGUCACUGAAGACGAGACCCCCGCCACUUCAGACGCCUUGCGGCCCACUGCUCAAUUGGUGAAGACACGGAAGUUCUGAACUUAUUUAUAACAAACUAAUUUAUUUCCUUCUUUCAGAAGAAGCGAGUGGGGGGGCGGGGAGGGGGAACCCUCUACCCGCCCCCUCGGAAAAUGGCAUCGCUUUUUGUCGGUCGGUGCCUUUCCGCCACGUGGUAGGGAUCGUUAGGGUUUGUAAUCGAGAAGCUCUAGUCUAGUGAUUGUCGGGCAUCGCAGCACAGACUUCUUCGGAAGUCUCGCCAAGUGUGCUUUGCGGCGGUAGACAAAUUUGGAGAAUCUGGCCGAGGGGAUGAUGCGCCGCAGAAAUGCUCUGACUAGGAACCUCUUGGUUUCUGAGAUUCUUCAACUGUUUCUGGGGGAGGGGUGGGAGGGGAGGGAUGUUUGGGCUGCUUCCUUUUACAUUCAGUUUUCCUUGGUUCACAUUCUCUCUCUGAUAGCAAGUAAGACCUCCUUAAGCCAUCGCCUCAGGCAGCGGGCCCCGGGGGGCGGGGGGAGGAAUGCUUUUACUAGCCCCCAAGCGGCUUCCUUAAACCCGGGUGCGGAAAGACAAGCAGGGUAGUAAAGUUAACUAGCUCGGGCUGAUGUUUAGGAUUUUUCUUAAGCCUCUUUUCAAAUGAAGCACCAUCUAAUAAAUCGAACUUUCUAAUUUUUA